GCUCGUUUUGCAUGACCUUUCUAUACCUUUUACACCUUUUGCAGACGUUAUGCGAUAGCAUAGCAAAGGGAAAAGUCGCAAAUUGCGGGGCGAUUCUAAAUAUUUGAUUGGUUGAAAAAAUUGUGGCAGUACUAAUUACCUAAAUAUAUAAGACUUGAUUAUGUCCCCGCCACAGCCCACCAUUGUACUAGUACCCGGCGCAUGGACGCAACCCGCCGCAUAUCGAAAACUGGUUGAUGCACUCCAAGCAAAAUCCUUUACUGUCCAUGUACCAGCUUUGCCAUCAAACAAUGGUGCUCGACCGCCCAAUUCGUCACACGAUGCUGAUGUGGCGGCUGUACGCGAAAUAGUCGAGCCUCUUGUUAAUGACGGCAAAGAGGUUAUUCUGUUCAUGCAUUCAUACGGAGGUGUUGUGGGAACGAAUGCUGUCGAGGGCCUCUCUCGCAAGGAUCGCGAAGCCAAAGGCGUCUCCGGUGGCGUUGUCUAUCUGUUCUACCUAUCGGCUUACCUUCUAGCCAAGGGCCAGAGUAUUUGGACCCUCAUCGAGGACCUGGGUGUCUCACUGGAGAGCAUACCAGAAAUUACUUUCGAAAAAGACGGCACUUGGUUUCUUAAUGAUCCUGUUCAGGCUUUAUGUCACGACGUGAGUCUUGAGGACCAGGAGGAGCAGAAACGACUAUCUACGCAUCACAACUUGGACGCCAUUAAAGGGAAGACGGUGUACGAAGCGUGGAAAGAUAUUCCGAGCACAUAUGUAUUCACUACGCAGGAUCGUCGCGUGCCUCCUAUCCUUCAAGACUUGUGCUUCGCAAAUACGAAGGAGGCUCGGAUUACUAUUAAGAAAGUAGUAUUAGAUUGUGCGCAUGCGGCAUACUUAAACUAUCCCGAGACACUGGCCGACCUGGUGGCUGAGGCGUCUCGUCCUACAGGCUUGUGAACCUCGUUGUUAUUAUACCUAAGCUCAGCCAAACACCGAGGGCUGCAUACAGGGGAUAUUAGACUGGAAGCCGUAAACCUCAUAAAGCCGCUAAAGAACCCAAGGUAUCAACCGAGAAUAUGCAUGGCUACCUAUAUAACUUCUUCAAGGGUCUCACCUAUGUGACUAGUAAACUACAUACAUACAAGAGACCCCCCAAAAGAUUGCUUUAUAUACUAGAG